CAAACGUACCGCUCUACAUAUAGAGAACAUCGAGAAGACUAAUUUCAUUGGUCAUAGAGUGAAAACAUGUCACACCAUUGGUGUGCAGUGAAUGUCGCACAGUGGCAGAGCAUAUCUAUAAACAAUGUGAAUAACAAGAUAGAUUAGAGAAUUAUUUACAUUCUUUCCCAACUGUUUCCCAGGCUCUCGCCUGGUUAGAAAACCUUUCUCUUUCUCUCUGACUGAGCUGAGAAUAUCCACAACAUGCAGGUGUGCAAGGGUCCUGGCGAGGUGCUGGAUGUACAAGGCUGUUGAGAGCCCUGUGUUGCUGGUGUCAGUGAGCCAUCCCAGCAGGACACACAAGGGCAGGAGGGCAGCUCCACUCCAGGCAGCUUCUCCCACCCAGAGGAACUUCUUAAUAAUUAAAUUCCUGAUUUGGCCUUGGGAACCUGACUGGGGCAUUCAGCUUCUGGGCUGCAUGGAGAGGCUGUGCCGGAAUGCCACAGUGACAGGUACUGACGAAGAAAGGACAGCAGCUCUGACCUCACUGUACCACCCACAGUCCUCCCCCAUAGCAUGGUGCAACAUUUCCUCUUCCCUUUGCAGUUGCUGCACUUGCAACAAGCACUAGACAGGCUACCGAGCCCAGAAGCAUCACCUUCACCCAUUAGUGCUCAGUGGAGUGGGUGCUUGCAAGAGUACAAAAGAUUAAGUCAUAGGGACUUGUGACUGCUAGCAGGGAAAGUGUGGGGGCUCUGGUAGCCACCAUGUGGGGAGAAGAGCUGGCACUUCAUGGCAGCUUCCUGCCUGGGAGAACCCACAUCUGGGUUUCCAGUUGCACUGGUGAUGGCUUGUUUGUGCUUCCCCCUUUAAUAUGGGGUGAUGGUUCCUUGGCUUUUAGAAGGGACAGGCUUUUAGAAGGGACAGCAGGCAUCCCCUGCUUCAGCCACCUAGGAUCAUGCAGAUUAUCCCAUUCUGUUUGGUCUCCCAUCUCUGCCGGCUGCCUGGACCCCUGGGACAGCAGUUUUGCUGUCUGGGACAUGUUCUGGGGGUCAGAUCUGAGUACAGAUGUAAGUCAAGACACCAUGGUGAGCAAAGAUGUCCAUUAGGGCUCUGUUCUCCAGGAGCUGCAGAAAAUGGAGAAAUGGAGCUAGUGCUGACACAUAGCAACUGAGGGAAGCUCAGGGAGCUACUGUGAGAACAUGAGGGAUUUUCUAGUAGAGAGGGGACACUUCCACAAACCAGCUGUGUUCUCUUCUGACCCUGGGAUGAAGGCUGCCCAUGAAGCCUUGGGCCACAGAAGCCGAGUCCUAAGUCACUGAGCACUUCAUGAAUUCCCUGAGGAAUGGAAAACCUUUUUCCCUCUGACCUUAGGCUAUAUGAGAACUUUUUGAUAGAGAACAGAUGUUAUUCCUGGCAAGGAUUUAAUGCCCUUGAAUCUGCAGAACCCCAGGACUGCUAGGGUGGGAGCUGCAUGGUGCCUGCAUGGGCUCAGCAGGGCAGAGAGGUUGUGGGGCUCCUCCUGCCCCAGCUUCUUUUCACGCAUGGGGAGGAGGGCUCACUGCUAGCAUUGUGCACUUGGUAGGUGAAUGUACACCACUUUCAAUGGGGAAGCUGGUGUUUGACUCAUUUGACUGGCCAGCGUGAUGAUGCUUUGCUGCUAGUUCACAGGUCAAUUUACAGACCCUAAAUGUGUUGCAGGCAGAGAGAAGUUUCUUGUACAGCACAUGCUGCCAGCCAGCCCUGUCUGGCCUGAAGUAAGUGGUAGCAGUGGCAACAGCAGAAUGCAGCAAUAAUGUCAUUGAACAGUUACAAAAGGAAAUUAAUAUUGGGCUAUUUCAGUUCCCUCAGUGUGGGUGAGCAUCCAAGGGGUGUCCCGGGAGGCUGGGCAGAGAGGGUGGGUGAGAAGGCAUCCUGUAGUGCCACUGCCACUGGUCUUUGUGAUGUAUCACUGCAAGUGGCACAUGGGAUGCUGUUACAGAGGUACACAAAGGUGGUGCUGGCCCUGUGCCUGCUGCUGAUCCUGUGGCAAUAUUUCUGAGACCUCAUAGAUGGCAUUGGUCCUGUCUGUUGGGUUCCCUCCCUCCUCCACACCCCUACUGCCCACUGUACCACCCCUACCAACGGCUCUGCAUUGUUCAAUGCCCCCUAAAGCACAGGGCCUCUGCUGAUGGGUGCAGACUACGAGCUCUCCUUGGAUGUGGUUCAGUGGUGGCUGACCCUGCAGGGUCCCCUGAGUGGUAUCCAGCUCCAGGCCAUAAUUCAGCAGCUCUUCAAUGUCCUCCGGGCCCUGAGAGCUGAUGUGUGGGACCCAUCUCACUGCAGGACUUGUGCAGUGGUGGGGAACUCCAGGCAGCUGAAAGGGUCCAGUCAUGGGCUGCUAAUUGACACUCAUGACUGUGUGCUGAGGAUGAACAGAGCAAAGACCACUGGCUUUGAGCUGGAUGUUGGCAUGAGAACAACCUAUCACUUCAUGUUGACAUUCAUGUAUCUGGAGAGUGCAGUGAACCUAAGGCCCAAUGUCCACCUUGUCCUCAUCCCCUUCAAACCUCUGGACCUGCAGUGGGUGACCAGCACCUUCUCCACUGGAGAUCUCACACUCACUCAGCAUUGGGGGAUGGUGUCUCUUGUGCUGGAAACCCUGCAGAUGGUGCAGUAUGGUCUGGGGGUUCUAGUGCCUCACUGGAGACCUGGCACUAGUCCUGAUGGCACAAAGGGUACUGGGCAUCCCUCUGCCCUGCACUUUGAGGUAGUUGGGCAUUGACCUGUCCGCACAGGGCUCAGGCAGCCUGCAGUACCAUACCCCUGUGAGUGGAAUGCAGCUGUGCCCGCAGUGGGGCCUUGCACUUGAUGCCUUCCUUCCUAGGAAGGGCCAGGCCAGGGGAUGCUACUGGGCCAGCUCAAGGGG